AUGGGAGUUGGAGCUUCCACCGGUUAUGGGACUUCACCUGCAAGAACUUACAGAUCAACGACGAGGAAAGGCCAGGUAGUCGCGUUCCACUCGUCAAAGACCUGGAAAAUCCACUUUGAAGCCUCGAAACUGACCCCAAAACUGCUCGUUGUUGAUUUCACGGCAGCAUGGUGCGGGCCCUGCCAGUAUAUUCAACCUGCAGUAAACGAAUUUGCAGAAACAUACACAGACGUGGACUUCAUCAAGAUUGAUGUUGAUGAGUUGGACGAUGUGGCACAGGAAUUCGGGGUUCAGACAAUGCCGACUUUUGUGCUGAUAAAGAGAGGGAAAGAGGUCGAUAAGGUUGUUGGAGCCAAGAAGGAAGACCUGAGGAAGAAGAUUGACAAGCAUAGAAUCUAAACACAGAACAUAGUAGCUCUAGUGAGUUUUCA